GUAUUUAUAACAAAUAAACUUUUUUAAUUAAGAUUUAAAUUUUAUUACUAGACUUCUAAACAUAAAUUGUUUAAUUUUUAGAAGAUUAUAAAAAUUUUAAUUUUUUUAAUUUUAAAAUAUUUUAAUUAAUUUAUAGUGUUUAAUUUUUUUAAAUCAAUAUAUCACCUCAAUUUGUUCUACUAAAUACAUCCUUGUGAACAAUGCCAGCUCACCUAAGACUCUGUGACACAAGCUUCUCAAGUUACAUUUAGUUGAAAGUGGGCUAGGUAAAAAGUCUCAUUGGGCUUCAUGUAAGAGACAUCCGAGAAAGAAGCUUAAGUCAGCGUCAAUACAUCAUGAGAAGAUAAAAAGCUUUUUCGAGUGGGGCUGCAAGCUCUUCUAAAUUUUCUUUUAAUAUAAGAGUUAAUAUUCUAUUUAAAAAUAAAAAAAAUAAAAGAGUGAAGCGUCACUUCCAUCACUCGAAAGACCCGAGUCAUUUUACUACUUUCAUGACGAUAAUCAAACGACAGAGGAAAGGAGUCACAGGGCAUUUCACGCUAGAGGCAAGGUUGUAAGAGUAAUGGUAGAAUGAAGACCUAGAGAAAAAGACAAGGCAUGGCUAAAAGCAGAGUUGGGGCAGUGAUGCAAGAAUUCAGAAACAUAAAGUUGGAGAAGAGGCCAAGGACUUUGGGAUCAAGAGGAAUGAAAGCCAAGGGGAUGAAAGGGUUGAGUAGCAUGAUUUUGAAGAGAAAAGAGAGGAUGAGAUGAUGCAGAGGUUCAAAAGGAAGGAAGGAAGCAAAAGACUACAGCUAGUGAUUCCUUGCUUCUACUUACCUUCUCUUUAUGUUACUAACUUCUAAACAUCAAGAUUGAACCUUGAGAUCUUGAUCUCGUGAUUUGACCUGAUGGAGAUGGCAAGGGAGUUUUGAAUGAGCCGCUUUGCUUCUAAUAAAAUUCUUAUUUUCCUUUUUCUUUUCUUUCUUUUGGUGCAAAGGAGAUUCAAUGAAGGAAGUCUAGGAAAUUUUCUACUGGAUAUAUGGGUUUUGUUGUAUCAAUGAUUAGAAAUCUAGCUUGGAGCCAAAAAGUGUGGACCAUCCAAGGAGAAGUGACUGCAAUGAAGAGAUCUAUGAAUAGUACUUUAGAAGCUGAUCUUGAUCCUGAUAUGACUAAAAAGGUUACAGCCUCGAUUGAGGAGAUGAUCCGGAAAAAUGUGUUUAAGACAGCCCUGCUUCUUCUCCAUUGUCAUUCAAAGAUGAACAAAAAAUAGAGUUCGCCAGUACGUCUGGUGUGCGCGCGGCUCUCACGUUCGUCGUUUUUUCUCCUCUUGGUCGCUCCCGCCGCCGUCUAGUGCGCCUCCAGUCACCGCCGAUGGCUCCCCCGUCUUCAUCCCAGAGUUGAAUCCAUUUGCAAAAAAGCAUACAGAGCCGGGGAUUGAAGCACGGCAUGAGGCCAAACAGGUAUCUGGCAUCAUUUGAUGAAGGACGUACUCAAGGAGACCCCUAUGAUAGGAUAAACGGCCUAGGUAAUCGAGUGGCCAGAAUAGGCGAUAAGGUAAGAAUCAAGUAUAUACAUCUGGGUGAGAAAGGUGAGCCUGGAAGUGGGGGCACUUUGGAACUGAUUUUGGGUCAAGGAAAAAAUGGAUUUGAUGAAGCGAUAUGUGGAAUGAAACUUGAGGGAGUGAGAGAUGUUACCAUUCCAGCACAUCUUUGCCCAAGGCCCGAUGGGGUUUUGAAGAAAAUUCUAACCCUCUGGAGCUCGAAGGGUGAAAAGAAAUUUCGUGUGGCGCUUUUGACUAUUUCGCCACCUUAGGGGAAGAAGUGAAGUAGAUAGGUUAUUCUGGUAGACAGGCAUGAUUACUUCUUCCCAGAGCAUAUAGGACAUUUUUGCAUCGCAUUCUUAUAGUAAUUGUGAAGCUAAUUGUUUGUUGCAUAUAGGUUGUUUUGCAUAUAGUUUGUUCCUUUUUAAUUAAGUUUCAUUAUCAUCAUAAUACUGUCAUGGUUAUUUUAUAAUAAGGAUCUAUGAAAAAUUUUAGAAUUA